UCAUUAAUCAUUAAAAUAUUAAUUCAAAUAAUUUUGCGUUUAUAAUAUUUCCGUUUUGAAGAACAACUUCAGUUUGAGCUUUGGUCAAAUGAAUGUUUAUUUGAGUUUGGUAUCUUCGAAAUUUGAAUUCACCAACAUCGAGUGCACCUCCUUGGAUAAAAGUUUCGAUGAUUUUGAGUACUGCUAUUUAAAGUCGGUGAAUAGGAGCUACAAAUAUUUAUCUUUAAAAGUGAAUUUGUUCAAAACUCCAAUUACGAAAGUAAAGGUUAAGGGGGGACUCUAUAAACGAUUAAACGGCCUCAGACCUUUUAUGUAUAAUAUCACAGUGGAUGCCUGCAGAUUUUUGAAUAACCCAAAGUCUAACCCAGUUAUGAACUUCUAUUAUAGCUUCGUAAAGCCCUUUUCCAAUAUCAACCAUACGUGCCCAUUCGAUCAUGAUCUCGUCGUGGAUAAAGUUCCCAUAGAUUUUGUGAACCACCAAGUUACGAAAGUUUUGCCUUUUCCUGAGGGCUCUUACUUAUUGGAAACUCAUUGGUUUGCCUACGACAUUGUUCGAGCAGUGGUUAAGAUAUAUUGGACACUAUCUUAAUCGAGAAACAAAAUGAGUGCUCUAUCAUUUAUAGGUACCAUUUAAGAUGUAACUUGGUUUUAAGAAAUCUUAAAAUUGGUUCAUUA